CGUCGUGAACUUAGUUUGGGACCAGUAACCACAACCUCUGGGAACUCUGCUGGUGUUCGCCACUGGUAACUGGUAUCCUGCAGGGAACUCUGCUCUUAACCUCUGGGAACUCAGGUCCGCUGCUGGGUGACUUCAGGUGCAUUGUUACACGCUGCUGUUGGAGGACGUGAAGCAGUAAAAGAAUAACCCUCUAACACGGAGGAGAUGCGUGUGAACAAUACCAUGUGGUCAGAGGUGCUGGUAACCGUGGUGAUGGGGACGUUGGUGUACUGGGUGUUCCGGCGGACCAGGAGGAAGGUGCUGAAGACGGAGGACGGUUGGUGGGGCGCGGGGGCACCCCCGGUGGGCGGAGACGACAACAGCAUCCGACCCUUCAGCAUCAGCCACAGCCAGGAGGAGAUGGAGGACCUGUACCGCAGGCUGGAUGCCACCCGUCCGGUCUCCUCGCUGGAGGACAGCCAGUUCCACUACGGGAUGAACUCCCAGUGCCUGGCCAAGGUGGUGUCCUACUGGAGACGGGAUUACGACUGGAGGAGGCAGGUGGACAAGAUCAACCAGUACCCCCACUACAAGACCACCAUCGAGGGUAUCGACGUGCACUAUGUGCACGUGAAGCCCCAAAGCCUGCCUGUGGGGGCGCGCACGGUGCCUAUUGUGCUGGUGCACGGCUGGCCCGGCUCCUUCUACGAGUUCUACGGCCUGAUCCCGCUGCUGACCGCCGCCGUCGCCCCCGGCAACACGGACGGCCCCCACCUGGAGGUCAUCUGCCCCUCCCUACCCGGAUACGGCUUCUCUGGAGCGCCGCACAAGAAGGGGUUCAACUCGGUGUGUGCGGCCCGUGUGUUCAACAAGCUGAUGAGCCGUCUGGGCUUCCAGCAGUACUACGCCCACGGGGGCGACUGGGGGGGGCUGGUGACCACCAACAUGGCCCAGCUGGAGCCUGAGGCCGUGAAGGGCCUGCACAUCAACUUCGCCCCGAGCACCAGCCCCAGCGUCGCCAUGGUGACCUCUCUGAUGCUGGGCCGCCGCUUCCCCUCGCUGUUCGGCUUCACGCCCUUCGACCUCCAGCGCGUCUUCCCCCUCAAGGAGACCCUUCUCUUCGAGCCGGUCCGGGAGUCAGGCUACAUGCACAUCCAGGCUACCAAGCCGGACACCGUCGGGCGCGGCCUGAACGACUCCCCGGUCGGCCUGGCGGCGUACAUCCUGGAGAAGUUCUCCACCUGGACCGACAAGAGCUUCAAGAACCUGGAGGACGGAGGGCUCACCAGGAAGUUCUCUCUGGACGACCUGCUGACCAACGUGAUGAUCUACUGGACCUCCGGCUGCAUCGUGUCCUCCAUGCGCUUCUACAAGGAGAACUUCAGCGAGCUGGGCGCCCCUCACACCAAGGUCCCUGUCUACGUGCCCACAGGGGUGGCCUGCUUCCCCAACGAGCUGAUGCACGCGCCGCGGCUCUGGGUGAAGCAGAAGUACCACAACCUGCGCUCCUACUCGCCCAUGGCCCGCGGCGGACACUUCGCCGCCAUGGAGGAGCCCGGCCUGAUGGCCGAGGACCUGCUGGCCUUCAUCAGCAUGACCGAGAAGAAGAAAUAAAGAGAGAGAGAGAGGGGGGGGGGGGUAGAGGGAGAGAGAACCAGUGGAAAGAGAGCAAGAGGGAGAAAGAGGAGAGGGAAGAAGAGAGGAAGGGAGAUAGAGAAAUAAGCAGGGAUAAAGAAUAGGAAAAGAGAUGGAGGUAUUGAGGUAGUUCACGCAUUUACCCGUUAACAUAUUAAAUUACCUUUUUUUUGUAACGACAGUAAAUCAUAUUAAGUUCAUUAACACAGUAAAAUGUUCAUUGACAUGCUAAUUAAUAGAUAUGAAUAUAUAUUGCUAGUCUAGACAGUUAAUACUUAAACGACAUUUUAUCCUAGAAAAUAAAACAUUUUUCGUUUUUUAUACCCUUAAAAGUGGUGGCCCCAAACUCUUCUCAGUUCACCGGGGGCCAACCGAUCGUUUCCGUGUGAGCUCGGGUUCAGAAAGAGCUGGAGCACUGAUGUUAUCACAGUUCAUGUUUAACGGGUCAUGUGAACACACUUCCACACACUAAGACUAGCAUGCUAGCCCAUGUAGCACUACGGGCUAGCAGCCUAGUUUUACUUUUUCAACAUGUGUAAAGUGCUUCAUAAGCAGGGGCUCAGUUAGAAUUUUGGAAAAGUAUUACUUUACAGAAUUUAACAGAUCGUUAAUUUUGUAAUACUUAAUCUAUUGAUCGGUAAUAAAUCAAUAAAAACAUG